UCCCGUACCAUCAAUCCCGCCGUACUAUCCCCCAUUGCCUCAUUGCCCCAUGGCCCCCAUGGCCCCAUAAUUCCCCCAUAUCCGCUAGAAGGCACUCAGCUGCUUCUAGCGCUGUACUCUAGUGCUGUACGUACCAAGAGCCAAGGCUAAUUAACUAACUCUCCUAACUAAUUCUCUCAAACUGGAGUACUACGAACGAUACCGAAUUAGGAGUAGCAGGCCGGCGGACUGGACUGAGAGGAGUACCGUUAUGUUGCAACCUUGUUGGCUGUGCUGGAGGGCUGCAUUUGUCGGUAUCGGCUGUCGAGAUGGUGGUUGCCAAGUAGUGUGAGUCCAUGCAAGCCCAUCCUAUGGCUGCCCAUUCAUUCAUACCCCCUCUUCACGUCACAUUCAUUCCAGUAUAUGUAUAUAUAAAGGGACCAUUCACCUCCUACCCAUUCUUCUUUUUCUUUAUUCUCCAGGCUUCAUUCGAUUCUAUUCGAUUCCUGUGUUUAAACUCGUCGACACACUCUUGUCGCUCAACUGCUCAUACGUUUAUCACUCGACUCCCUGAUACUAUACUAACUAAACCUCUAACACCACAUCAAUCCCACAUCACUCUCACAUCGAUCUAUCACAAUCGCAACGAUGGUUUUCUACACCAUUGCCCAGCCAGAUGAGUACCUGGCCAUCACCGGUGCGGGUGUCCGCACCGUCAAGAUCGCCAAGAAGGGCUUCAUCUGGCCUAUGCAGAAAUGCAUGCGCUUCACCAUCCAGCCUAGGGAUUACCCUAUGAACCUCCGCGCCAUGACCAAAGAGAAGCUCCAAUUCGAGCUCCCCGUCGUCUUCACCGUCGGCCCGGACCUCAACCAGCGCGGCGACAACGCCAUCGUUCACGGCGAAGCCAGCGCCGAGGACCGCGAGGACCGCGGCGAUGCCCUAAUGAAGUACUCCAUGCUCCUCGCGGGCGCCGCCACCACCGGUGGCCAUGCCCACAUCGAGAGUAUCGUCAAGGGCAUCAUCGAGGGCGAGACCCGUGUCCUCGUCAGUUCCAUGACCAUGGAAGAAAUCUUCACCGAGCGCGAGCAAUUCAAGAAACGCAUUUACCACAACAUUCAAUCUGAGCUCGAUCAAUUCGGACUGAAGAUCUACAACGCCAACGUCAAGGAGCUUACCGAUGCUCCCAACUCCAACUACUUCGCCUCCCUCUCCCGCAAAGCACAUGAAGGCGCAUCCAACCAAGCUCGUGUCGACGUCGCUGAGGCGCAAUGGCACGGUAACGUAGGAGAGGCCGAGAGGCAAGGUCGCCAGAACCGCGAGAUUGCAAAGAUUCACGCCGAGACUGCGGUCCAGAAGACCGAGCGAGACACUGAGAAAUCGCAAGCUGAGGCGCUCCUCGCUACCCGCAAAGCGGCGUUUGAUCGCGACGUAAACAUCGCCAAGAUCGAAGCCAGUCGUGCUGUCGAGGUAAAGGACGAGCAGCUCCGCAAGGACGUCGAGUCCCUCCGCGCCGCGACUGAGAUUGAACGUCUCCGUGCUUCGGAUGUCGUGAAAGCUACUAUCCUGAGAGAAUCCCAGCAGCAAGCUUCAGACGCGCGCGCGUACGAGACUCAAACUAAAGCUUCUGCGGAUUUCUUCCUCGCGCAAAAGGCGGCUGAGGCGCGCGCAUACGAGACGCAGACGAAGACCACCGCGGACGCCGACCGCGAGAAGCAGACUGCCCAGGCAAAGGCAUUCGAGACGCAAGCUAAGGCCGACGCUGAUAAAUUCCGCGUCACCCGCGCCGCGGAGGCGACAUACGUUGCUGAUUCCAAGAAGGCGGAGGCGGAGGCAUACAAGCUCAAGGUCAUCGCUGAGUCGAGCUUCUUGGCUGAGGCGAAGAAGGCAGAUGCCGAGGCCUACCGCGUCAAGGUCGCCGCGGAGGCAGCUUACAUCAAAGCUACUCGCGCUGCUGAGGCGGGUAAGAUUGCCCGUGUGGCUGAGGCAGAGGGUUUGACUGCCAUGGCCGGCGCCUACGCCGCCAUGAGCGACGCCUUCGGUGGACCCGCCGGCCUCGUCCAAUACCUCAUGCUCGAGAAGGGCGUCUACGGCGAGCUGGCACGCGCCAACGCGCAAGCUGUCCAGAACCUCAACCCCAAGGUCACAGUCUGGAACACGGGUAACCAAGCUGGCACCGGUGAGGGCGGAGAGGGAGGCGCGGAUGCGGGAGCGAGUAUUAGGAAUGUGUACCAGAUGCUGCCGCCGCUGAUGACGACGAUUAAGGAGCAGACGGGGGUUGAGCUGCCGGAGUGGCAGGUUGGGAGGCUUGGGGGGAAGGCGGGGCCAGCGGCAGCGGAGAGUGUGGUGGUGAAUGGUGCGGGGAAGGGACAAGUUGUUACUGUUGCUGCGAAGUAGGGGGGUGAUGUGAGGGUUUCUUUUGUACAGUAUUACUGCCUGUCUGCCUUUUUUCAUUUGUUGAGAGCUGGGUUUUUAUAGACGGUUUGCGGGGGUUUGGGGGGGAUAUCCACUAUCGUUUUGCUUGUUGCUUCCCUUGGACAGAAUAGGUUUAUAGUUUUAUAAUGUUGAUAACAUCGAAAUU